AUGACCCUGCAGUUUGUUGCUGUGCUGUCAGAAUUUUAUGACCUCGACAAAAGACUCAAGAUCCGCGUUGUCUUCUACAAACAGCCCGGUCUCUGCGAAGAAUUCGCCAACAUGGAGAAGAAAAGAGACAGCGUGAUCACGGGCAGCGCCAGGAUCCCCCUUUCUUACCUGCAACGAGGACUCAUCUUUUAUAAAUACGCCCUCGUUAACACUUUCAGCCGAGAGAGAGAGUGUGAAUUAGAGCACAUUUCUUUAGAGAACUCCAACAGCCCAGAGUCAUGGAAGUACAGAAAUGCUCAAUUAUAUCGUGUCGUGAAUAUACCCAAAACGGAGAUCAAAGCAGACGGAACGUGGACUUUCUUUGAACACAUCGAAUGCAGUUUCCCCGGCAUCAGCACUGACAUUUGGAAAGCUUUAUCCAAAAAGGGGCCUGGGUGCACGAUCCAGAUGGAGUACCUGGUGAAUGAUUUCUUUGCUCACACUACCUCCUGGAAUUCCCUUGAGGAUGCAGAGAGGAAACUGGAUCGGUAUGAGGAGAGCAUCAAAGUCUGUCUCGGGGAUGCCGAGAAGGGAGAAGACUUUGAGAUCGUCUACAGUUGGGAUGAGGAAGCGGUGAGAGGCAAUAUUGGAACCCUCGUACAGGCGAUCAUCAAGCGCCUGAAGACCGAGAAACAUGAACUUCCUGAGCUCCUGUUCGCCUUCCACACCUCGUUUCGCUAUCACAUCCCCCUCCCGCCGGCAUCCAUCGCCAUCGAGUUCUUCGAAGACAAAUACAAAGAACUGAGAGGAAAAAGCAAAUACUUCCCGUCUCUGAAGAAAAUGUGUCUCAGGACCACUGACGGCACCUUGUGGAUCUGGUUGGUCCCGCUGCUCUACGCGAUCAAGGAGAAGACAGAGGACCCCUUUCUCCCACACGAACCUCCUUCAGAAGCCUUCAUACAGCUGAGGGGGGACGAAGAGAAGCAAAGGAAAGUCCUGAAGAUGAUAGACAGUCACAAGACCUUGAUUAGAAGAUGUGCUCCGCUGGCAAAGAAGGUGGUGGAGAUGGUGGCCUUGAGGAACUUCACCAGGAACCCUUUGCCUGACAUUUGGCUUCCACUCCAGCUCCUCUUGGACACCUUGUACAGGCGCAUCUUGCACAUCAGUACAGCCUCAUCCCAAGAAGACGAUUUGAACGUGGCUUUGGAAAUCAUCGCCACCAGGAUGGACUCCUGGUUCAAGGACUUCCGCAGGUGCCCGUCGGGGUCUUCAAAGCAACCGCUGAAGCCCAUGAAUGAGCACGAGGUCUUGCAGUGUCUGAACUUGGUGUACCUCUUGCUCAAGCGUUUCUUGGAGGAGCCGAUGAAAUCGGUGUCCCUCAGCUCCAUGAUGAUAACGCUGCGGAUACUUGGGAUGUUUGUCAGCAAAGAGGAUUUGCUACAAGGGAACAAGGAAUUCCAACAGUUUACUUCAGCGGAAAGGUUUCAAGAGUUUUCAUGUUUGACCAUGCCGUGGCUCGAGAGAUACUUUCACAGGGCGCCCACGGACGAGAAAUCCUUCCUGAAGAACAUUGAGACGUGGCAGCAGCUGCUUUCAGUGAAGGUUCUCUGUGCGGGGUGGUCCAAGGAGUGGCAGGGCUUGAUCCACAACAUGUUUGAGAAGUGGCUGAAGAAGGUUAAUGACCAAUACCUCGUGGACUUCUACCGGGCUUUCCUGAAGAUGGAGAAGCACUGUGACGCAGAGUUGGAGAGCUGCUUUACAAAUUGCGUCAUCCAGUGGAUCAGAGCCCUCGACAAAAGCGGGGAAUCCAUGCUAAAAUCCAUGAUACCCGUGGUCCUCAAGACGAGCAAACCAGCUGCUGGGACGGUGCUUUCCAUUCUUGUGGAGAAAAAUGUGUUCGGAGAUGAAGAGGCUGGGAAGCGUCCACACGUUUGAUGAGAGCACCGGCCCUGUUCUUGCAAACCUGCUUAACACUCCCGGAGUCUGUGAUCAUCUCAUUUCUGCUGUCCAAGAAUCGAAGAGCAAAUUUCAAGUUCAGCUCAGCGACGGCGAGAAAAUCCUCCUUUCCUGGGUGUACGCACUCUCCAGCUUCGUGGGACAUCGCAUUCUCUCGGGAGACAUUCCCUGCAGUAUCCUCUCUGAGAUCUUAAAGCAUAAGGAGCUGUUUCAGAAGAUACUGUGCACCUGUGAUUCCUCUUUCUCCAAGUGUAUAACAGAAGUGCUGGAUGUCAGGAAGCAGGAGUUUGAGGAACUGGAAGAGCAGAAGAAGCAAAGAUGCUCUUUCCUGCACCUGUGCCGUGGCAUAGAGGACAUGAUAAAAGUGGACAGAAGUACCGUGGAGAAAAGCAUCAUGGACAGCGAAAGUUUUAAGGAUCAGAUGUCGGUGAAGAAGUUCUCCAUCGAUGGCAAGAGUGAAAUGGAAUCGCACAUCCUCACUGAUUAGAGCGACAUGAUGCAAAAACUUUACGUCGUGGAGGGAAGCCACUGUUUCCGCAAGCUGUGGAAGAUGAGAGCAGAGCAAACCAAAGCCACAAUACCUGAAGCUCAGGUUUUUGCUGUAGAAGAUGUUCAAGAAAAAAUUUAUAAGCCAGCUAUCGCUGACUUUCAGAAAACCUACCUGUCCCUCAAAGACUUCUCCAUCACCCUUGGGACUGUGCAGAGCCAGUUUGAGAAGCUGCUGGGAGAGAAGGAUCAGCUCCUGGAGGAGUUUAAAAUCAUGGAGGACAGCGAAGGGCCAAGGGGUGGAAAAGCUUGCUGGAUCGCAGGUGCUGUGGAGAGGAUUGAAAACUACCUGACCCUCUCUAAAGUGGUGAACACUGCCAAGGUGAUCGAUGCUCUGAGACAGAUGCUUCGGCUGGAGGGGGAUUUCCAGAUUCUCAGUGACCUGACGAAAUACGAAGAGCAGGAAUUCAAGAAGAAGCGUCUUGAUUUUAUGACCCAAGACUUAAUGAAGGUGAAAGAAAGUUUGAGCGACAUUCCCCAGGGAGUCUUGGACUUUUUGAGGGAACUUCUGGAAUGUGCAAAGAAAGGUUUUACCUCCUGGAUCAAGACCAUAAUAAAAGACAAGACGGAAAUCCCUGUAUUUAUGGAGCUGGC